CUAGUGGAAAGAAUCAAAGAAUUCCCAUAGCAGAGAACCUCCUGAGUUGUCUCCAAAUAAAACCUAAAUCAAAGCAAAAACCUUAUUUUAUUUUAGUAACAGAACCAUCAAAGCCAUAUUCUCUGCAAGAAAUUUGCCAAGGAUCAAGAAAUGUUAAGAGCAUCUUCUUCGCUACUACCACCAGUUUCCUCUGCUCCAUCUCUCUUAACUCUCAUCCCUUCUCUCAACUUCUCUUCAUCACCAUUAUCGGAACCAUUUUUUACUUCUUCCCCUGUUAAAUUUUCUCUGCUGCAUCAUCAGACAAUGCUCUCCAAGAAAGCCCUUUUAGGUACACCCGAUUUGCCUCGUCGUUUUUACUCUUCCAGUUUCAAAGGGAUACCUCCUAUGGCGGGCAUUCAUCAGUUUUGUCCUAGAGGCCUCACAGCCUCGUUUAGUGCUGGGAGUGGUGGCUCUGAGAGCUCGAGUGGUUCCACUGCUGGCAGGGAAAUAUUAGUUCAGCAUCUGCUUGUGAGAGAAGAUGAUCUUAAGCUUCUGCUGGAGCUACAGAAAAGAAUCACGCAAGGAGAGGAUAUAAGCGACUUGGCUGUUGAAUAUUCAAUUUGUCCAUCAAAAGAGGAAGGGGGAAUGCUUGGUUGGGUGAGGAAGGGACAAAUGGUGCCAGAAUUUGAGGAGGCUGCAUUUUCUGCUCCAUUGAACAACGUUGUAAAGUGUAAAACUAAAUUCGGUUGGCAUCUAUUGCAAGUUCUUUCUGAAAGGGAAGAAUCAAUACUUGAAGAAAUUGCACCUACAGAGCUUCAUGAAAAGAUGCAAGAUCCCUCUUUCUUAGAAGAGGCUCAACUGAUUGAUGUUCGAGAACCAGAAGAAGUGGCCAAAGCUUCUUUACCCAGUUUUCAGGUUCUUCCACUUCGCCAGUUUGGAAACUGGGGUCCUGAAAUUGCAACGAGAUUUGAUCCUCAAAAAGACACAUAUGUCAUGUGUCACCAUGGCGUGAGGUCUUUACAAGUUGCCAAGUGGUUGCAAACACAGGGGUUUAGGAGAGUUUUCAACGUGUCUGGAGGAAUUCAUCAAUAUGCACUGAAGGCUGAUCAGUCAGUCCCUACCUAUUGAAUAGAAUUCUUUAUUUUCUUGAAUGAAAUUUUGCUUUUAUUUUUUUUUUGUUAGUUUCACAUUUGUUAUUGGCUUCAAUGGUUCAUAGGGAAACAAAAGUGAACAACCUGUUGAACUUUUUGCUCUGAAUCAAACUUUUGGCUGAAUUUUUAGCAUAUUUUUGCAAGCACCUACAUCUGUUGUUCAAGGUUUAAUGUUGUAUGAGUUCGAUACUGAAUGGUUAAAAUGGUGUUCCCUUGAUGAUUUCUAUGCUCUUA